AUGGGGAUUGAGAAUAUCGUUCUAGAUAAAAACCAACAUGAAGAUCAACUUGAAAAACUGCAGCGAUAUAGCAUGGAAGAUGAUAAAAUGCUCGUGAAUGCGUGGCUUACAAUUUCAACCGAUAGUGUUGUAGGCACUGCCCAAAAUGAUGAGACAUUUUGGAAACGAGUGACCGAGUAUUUCAUGAAAAUUGGCGAUCUUGUCCAAGAAGAAAAACAAAUUGGCGAUCUUGUCCAAGAAGAGAAACAAAUAAAUUGUAAGAAACAUUUUAUCUAUGAGUAUGUUUGGGUCAUGUUAAAAGAUGAUCCAAAAUGGAAAACAAGUACUUCUCUUGGUAGGUCUUUAAAGAAAUUAAAGAUCAAUGAAAACGGUGCUUAUACAUCAUCUUCCAAUGAGGAUACAUGUAUUGAUAUAGAUGACAGUGAGGUCGAGGUCUGUCCGAUUGGUCGAAAAGCAGGGAAGGCAAAAACAAAGGCGAAGCAAAAAGGGAAGGCAAAUAUGGUUGAAAAAUCAAACAUAGAUGAAGAAAUGGAAGCAUGA